GACACCUCCAAGCUCAACUUGUGGCAGCACAAUCUGUAUAAUCGAAUCGACAAAACUCUUAUCCUACCGCAUAAACAUUUAUCAUUUCUACGAAUUUCUGAACGUGCAGUUUCUGGCUUACAAAAGUAAUUUAGUUCGGAAAUUUAAUAUUGUUGAAAAAUGUCUGGUCGAGAAGGAGGUAAAAAAAAGCCUUUGAAGGCACCAAAGAAGGAUUCAAAAGUUAUGGACGAUGAGGAUGUAGCAUUCAAGCAAAAGCAAAAGGAACAACAAAAAGCAUUAGCUGAAGCAGCAAAGAAAGCCACAAAGGGUCCUCUAGUCACUGGUGGUAUAAAGAAAUCUGGAAAGAAAUGAUCAUGUGUCGAAUGGAUGAAAUAUGCGAUUGACUGUGCACAUAAAUGUCUGAUGUCUUAUAACAAUAAUUUUAAACU